GGAGACAAUCUUCCCGUUUGGCGUGGGAGUACGUUGCAAAACGCGUCUUCCAUAGCCACUCGGCUUUGCUUUCUUUUUCCGUUAUCUUCUUUCUCAAACCAUAACCAUAACCAGAAGAACUAACUUCCUCCAUUGUCAUGGUUUCUUUUCAUCAUCAUCAUCAUCAUCAUCUUCUUCUUCUUCUUCGUUUGUCUUUUCUUCAACCCUUUUGUUGAAACUACGUACGAUCCCAAUGCUUUUCAGCUAUGCGUUGGUUACCGAACAUAUCUUUCUCUUCUUCUUCUUCUUCUUCUUCCUCUUUACGAGCUUCUCCGACCCAACCCGGACCCGGACCCGGACCCGCUGACUCUGCCCAUAAGACAUCUGCAGAAGGGGAUCGCCAUGUCCGAGGGGUAUGGCGAUUUGGUUCCAAAAUGAAGAUCUCCCGUCAGAGGAAGCUUCGGCCUUUGAGCGACCGUGGUGUUGUAUCGGGACAACCCAAAUGGUCUGACUCCCAAUGGGGUCUCCAUAAAUGUGCUAGUGGUCAUGAUAGGUUACCGGCUCGUACUGCCUCCGCUUCGGCUCUUCCUCAACCUCUGCCGUUACCGGAGAUUUCUCCUGUUUGUCGCCGGAAAGAGGGGUUAGUGGUUGGUUCUAGUUCUUAUCGGGACUUUGAUUGCCCCCUCCCCUCGCCCAAGCUUAAUGGGAAUACAAAAGGAGUUGAGGACCGAGAUAAGGACAGAGCUGACCAUGUUGCCGGAGAUGGUGUCUUGGUUAGCCCUAAAACUCAGAGUAAGUUUUUUUCCCAAGAGAUGAAAAAUAGUGCAAAUUCAGAUUUGUCUGAGAGAAGGGCAGCUUGGAAGGGUCGUCAAAAUGAGAAAGGUUUACAAAAUUUCAGAGUGGAGGUUCCAAUUAGGAGUGCUCCAACUAGUCCUUUCUCAAGUCCUGCACUAAGUCCCCAGAGGCCAAGUUUUGAUAUGGCAAAAUACUAUCGUGCCAUGAUUCCUAAACCAAAUCAAGUCUGGUCCGCGCCAGAGAUGCCAUUCACAGAUAUGAUGACAGGGCCUCCCCCUGCAUACUAUGAUGGUUCUCCAUACAGUUCUCCUACCAACAGUCCACCAGGAAGAAGUAUAAGCCAAAUGUGCAAAAGCCCAAAUGGGUCUUCAUCCCCAUUAUACCAAGGAAGAUUAUCCUUUGACACCUCACGUAGGGAAAGUAUUGCUCCUCUUGAGGUUCAUCGGUUACCUCUUCCUCCUGUAGCUGCAAGCCCUUCACCUUCCCAUCAUGUUCCCCAAGUUACUGCUAAACCAGAGCCAGUGUUAAUGCAAAGUCAAUGGCAAAAGGGAAAGCUUAUUGGUCGUGGAACAUUUGGAAGUGUUUAUGUUGCCAGCAACCGUGAAACUGGAGCAUUAUGUGCCAUGAAAGAAGUUGAACUAUUUCCUGAUGACCCAAAAUCUGCAGAGUGUAUAAAGCAGUUGGAGCAGGAAAUCAAAGUACUCAGUCAGCUCAAGCAUCAAAAUAUUGUCCAGUAUUAUGGAAGUGAAACAGUUGAUGAUCGAUUUUAUAUAUAUUUGGAGUAUGUUCAUCCUGGUUCAAUAAAUAAGUAUGUAAGAGAACAUUGUGGAGCCAUUACAGAGUCUGUUGUUCGCAAUUUUACUAGACAUAUUCUCUCUGGAUUGGCUUACCUACAUAGCAAAAAGACCAUUCACAGGGACAUUAAGGGAGCUAACUUGCUGGUUGACUCAACGGGUGUUGUUAAGCUUGCUGACUUUGGAAUGGCUAAACAUCUUACUGGACAUGUAGUGGAACUUUCUAUGAAAGGAAGUCCAUAUUGGAUGGCUCCAGAGCUCAUGCAUGCAGUGAUGCAGAAAGAUAACAACUCUGAUCUUGCUUUUGCUAUUGACAUUUGGAGUUUGGGUUGCACCAUUAUCGAAAUGCUCACUGGAAAACCUCCUUGGAGUGAAUAUGAAGGGGCUGCAGCCAUGUUUAAAGUUUUGAAAGAUUCCCCACCCAUACCCGAAACGCUAUCAUCAGAGGGCAAGGAUUUCUUGCAAUGCUGCUUUCGGAGAAAUCCUGCAGAUAGACCAACAGCAGCCUUGUUACUCGAACAUCGAUUUUUAAAGAACUCGCAGCAGUUAGAUGUCUCCUCUUGUUGCAUACAAGCAUUUAGUGGCAUUAACAUAGCGGAUAAAACUACUCACAGUCCAACGACAACUGAAGACAAACAUAGUCAAUCAACAUAUUAUCUUACUCCUACACAAAUCAAUGGAGAAAAGUUUGCCUCUGAGAGCUCCAGCUUCACGCAAUAUUGUUUUUCUCCAGUGAGAUUGGACACCAAGCUCGUUGUUGGGAUACUUCCAAGCUGACAGUGGCGCUCCCGCCCAGCCGUACACCGCGUUCUACCCUUGAGGCCUUUCCAAGCUUAUCUCCUCCGCGGUCCCCUCGCGCAGCAGCCUACUGGCCAUGAGAGGGGCGCUUUCAAUUGACAUGUAGAGAGGAAAUUCCUACUUCAUGUAAUUGGUUUUGGUAAUAUAAUUGAGCUAUAUAUAAACUCUACUUAACACAAAUAGAAAAAUGUCAAGCUAAAUCAUGAAGUUGUGUGUAAUUUAGACAUCAGUUGUUUUUGGUUGCUGGCUUUUCUAGAAAUUCAAUUUUUGUUUAGAUCAUACUUUUCACCAACAUGUACAAUAAAAAUUGAGUCAAAAGUGGAUAUGUAGAUAUUGUUACAAAAAUUUUAUCAUAUCAUUCAACUUUGUUUCUUUUA